ACUCCCACUCCCACCCUCCCUACAACCGCCCCCAUCAUCACAACUACAGAUCCAUGCAUUAAUGGCUUUUGGGAUGGGCUGAAAUGCGUCUGUUCUGAUGGAUUCUAUGGGGAAUUCUGCCAAUUCCCAAUCUGCCAGAAUGGGGGCACCUGGAGCAAUGGAUUCUGCUUCUGCCCUGAGAACUUCCAGGGAAGCGAGUGCCAGGAGGCCAAGGAGAGCAUCGAGGUCAAGGAUGUGCUCUUGGAUGCCACAGUGGAGAUGAAGACCAAGGUUGAUAACCGGGAAUUCACACCUGAGCUCCAGAACAAAUCCUCACCAGCUUUCCAGGACUUCGAGAAGGAGUUCAAGGAGCAGAUGAGAGACCUCUACAAGGACAUCGAGGGCUACCACGAUGUGGUGAUCCAUGAGCUGACCCAGGGCAGCAUCGUGGUGAACUACACGGUGCUCCUGAAGGUCCCUGCAAGCACCAAGGCCAAUGAGACACUGAAGACCAUCUCCGAUGACCUCAUCUCCGCCAUCACCAGCUCCACCACCUGCGAUGAGAACUGCAAAGAAGCCAACUGCUCUUUCUGCUUCAAUGCUACGUUCACCAACGUCACCAACUACGAGGUGGAAGAGGUUGAAGAGAGUAUCUGUGACAGCCUCAGUCUGAUGAACUUCAGUUCCUAUUACUCCCCACUCCUCACCACCACCGGCAUCAUCUGCAUCAGCAGAUGUGACCAGCGAGCAAGCGACCCCUUACCCUGCGUCUUCGGCACCUGCAAGCUGCUUCAAGGAGGACCAAAGUGCAUGUGCUCCGAGAAAGCAGCAUUUUGGUAUCGGGACGAUGCCUGCAGCUCACGGAUCAGCAAGGUUGGGGUGGCCAUAGGGGUCCCAGUGACCGGACUGGUGUUGGCCAUCAGCAUCUUCAUCGUCUUCCUGGUGCGGGCGAGGAGGCAGAAGGAGAUGUACAGGCAAGUGGGGUGGGGACAAGGGGUUGUCCCAUAG